GCAGUGACUGCUGGGCUGCGAGACGCGAGGCGUCGCCGGCGGGAGCGGAGCGAGAGGCGGUCGGAGAUGUGGCGACCGUUGCAGCUUUGCCAUUUCCACUCUGCUCUGCUGCACAGCAGGCGGAAGCCCUGGCCAUCCCCUGCUGUGUUCUUCAGGAGAAACGUCAGGGUCCUUCCUCCAAGGUUCUCAAGCCCUGCACCCCUGUGGAGAAAGGUGCUGUCCACCACGGUAGUAGGGGUGCCCCUGCUCCUCGGAGCCCGCUACGUCAUGGCAGAGGCACGGGAGAAGAGGAGGAUGAGGCUUGUGGUGGAUGGCAUGGGGCGUUUUGGCAGGUCUCUGAAGGUGGGCCUGCAGAUCUCCCUGGACUACUGGUGGUGCACCAAUGUUGUCCUUCGAGGGGUGGAAGAGAACAGCCCGGGCUACUUGGAGGUGAUGUCUGCGUGUCACCAGCGGGCGGCUGAUGCCCUGGUGGCAGGAGCCAUCAGCAAUGGGGGCCUCUACGUGAAGUUGGGCCAGGGGCUGUGCUCCUUUAACCACUUGCUGCCCCCUGAGUACAUCCGGACCCUGCGCGUGCUGGAGGACAGAGCCCUCAAGCGGGGCUUCCAGGAGGUGGACGAGUUGUUUCUCGAGGACUUCCAGGCCCUGCCCCACGAGCUCUUCCAGGAGUUUGACUACCAGCCAAUUGCUGCCGCCAGCCUGGCACAGGUGCACAGAGCCAAGCUGCAUGAUGGCACCAGCGUGGCUGUGAAGGUGCAGUACAUCGACCUGCGGGACCGCUUUGACGGGGACAUCCACACCCUGGAGCUCCUGCUGCAGCUCAUUGAGGUCAUGCACCCCAGCUUUGGCUUCAGCUGGGUCCUCCAGGACCUGAAAGGGACCCUGGCCCAGGAGCUGGACUUCGAGAAUGAGGGCCGCAACGCGGAGCGCUGUGCACACGAGCUGGCACACUUCCCCUACGUCGUGGUGCCCCGCGUGCACUGGGACAAGUCCAGCAAGCGCGUGCUCACCGCUGACUUCUACACCGGCUGCAAGGUCAACGAUGUGGAGGCCAUCAGGAGCCAGGGGCUGGCGGUGCACGACAUAGCAGAGAAGCUCAUCAAAGCCUUUGCUGAGCAGAUAUUUUACACGGGCUUCAUCCACUCGGACCCACACCCUGGCAACGUUUUGGUGCGAAAAGGCCCCGACGGGAAGGCGGAGCUGGUGCUGCUGGACCACGGGCUUUACCAGUUCCUGGAGGAGAAGGACCGCGCAGCCCUGUGCCAGCUGUGGCGGGCCAUCAUCCUGCGGGACGACGCCGCCAUGAAGCUGCACGCAGCUGCACUCGGGGUGCAAGACUACCUGCUCUUCUCGGAGAUGCUCAUGCAGCGGCCUGUGCGCCUGGGGCAGCUGUGGGGCUCACACCUGCUGAGCCGCGAAGAGGCGGCCUACAUGGUGGACAUGGCUCGCGAGCGCUUUGAGGCCGUCAUGGCGGUGCUCAAGGCGCUGCCGCGGCCCAUGCUGCUGGUGCUGCGCAACAUCAACACUGUGCGCGCCGUCAACGUGGCCCUCGGCACCCCGGUGGACCGCUACUUCCUCAUGGCCAAGAGGGCCGUCCGGGGCUGGAGCCGCCUGGCGGGCGCCGCGUACCAGGGUGUCUACAGCACCAGCCUCCUGCGCCAUGCCAAGGUUGUCUGGGAGAUGCUCAAGUUUGAAGUGGCCCUCAGGCUGCAGACCUUGGCCAUGCGGCUGACUGCCCUCCUGGCACGCGCUCUGGUCCACCUGCGGCUUGUGCCCCCAGCGGAGGAGCUCUACCAGUACCUGGAGACCUAGCGUGCUCGGCCCCACAACCAUGCUCGGUUCAGCGGGGCCCUUUGUGGCGGGGCUUGAGGUGUGGGCACCCCGAGCCCCAUAG